GUGCCGGGGUCGAGACCACACAACUCGUGGGUCUCUCUUGCUCUACCUUGCUCCAUCACCUCCCCUCCAUCAACUCCGUCAUCUUCCUCCGGCUUCGAUCUUCCUCCUCCUCUUCAGCCAACUGCACAAGCAGUGGCGCCCUCAUCUCUACCCGAGUUAGCAGUGGCACCUCCGUAUCGUCCACCACCACCAGUUCCACCAGCACCGCUACCUCCUUGACCUCUCUCCCUCUCUCCCUCGCACCACCACCACCACGAUGUCGGAGGCGCGUUCCUCACGCACGGUGCACUCGGUGCGCUACGGAGCUCAGUACUCCGGUGCCGGCCUUGGCGGGGUGUUGUCCAACCUUGGCGGCGGCGGUGGCUCCCGUUCCUUCAAGUUUGGCGGCGUAGGUCUGGCUCGCGGGAUGGGCAGCGGCUUCGGAGGAGGCGGCGGCUACUGCAGUGGCGGUGGCGGCUACGGCGGUGGUGGCGGCUACGGCAGCGGUGGCGGCUACGGCAGCGGGUCCUCCUUCUCGUUCGGCUACGGCGGAGGAGGUGGCGGUGGAGCGGGUGGCUUCGGAGCCGGCGGAUUCGGAGCGAGGGGGGGCGGUGCGUCCGCCGCUCUCCGCCUGCUGUCCACCAACUUCAGGAACCGCGUCGGCGCCAACAUCAACGUGGGCACGUACGGGGUCAACCCCUCGUUCCUGCAGUCGACCUCGCACACCGUCUCGUCGGUGCAUUCUGGCUUGCUGGGCGCGGGACCCGGCAUGGUGGAGGUGGACCCGGCCUCGUUCCCUUCCAUCGACUCGGUGCAGGGAACCAGAAUCCGCGAGAAGCAGGAGCUCCAGGUCCUCAACGACCGCUUCGCCGGGUUCGUGGAUAAGGUGCGCCACUUGGAGCAGCAGAAUGCGAUCCUGAAGGCGCAGAUCUCCAUGUACACCAACACGGACUCGGGCGGCCCGGCCAACACCACGGUGCUCAUCGGCUCCGUCACGGGGGCCCUCAACUCGCAGAUCGAUGGCCUGAGGCAGCUCAAAGCGGCGCUCGAGGCCGAGAUCGACUACUGGAAGGGCGUGAUCCAGGAGUACACGGCCAAGUAUGAAGAGGAGGCGGAGUCAAACAAGAGCCUGGAGAACGAGUGGAACACCUUGAAAGAUGAGGUGGACAAGACAUACCUCUCUAUCGUGGAGCUGCAGACCAAGGUGCAGGGCGUGGAGGAUCAGAUCGACCUCAUGAAGAAACUCUACAACGCGCGCGUCAAGGAGGUGCAGUCAGCUUUCAUGGGCGUUUCGACCAACGCCGCCGUCUCCAUCACGGUGGACAACUACAACCAGGCGCUGGACCUCACCACGGCGCUCAACGAGGUCCGCGCGCACUACGAGGCCCUGGCCUCCAAGAGCAAGGAGGACGCCUUCUCAUCCGUGCAGUCGCGGAUCAUACAGGUGGUCGGCGCCGUCCAGCCCGGAAACCAAGCCCUCGGCGAGGCUAAGCAGGAGCUGCGCUCGCUCAAGAUGCAGAUGGAUGGCCUGCGUCGCGAGAUCGACAAGAUCCGGGAGGCGAACGCGGAGCUGGAGACACAGAUCCAGGAGGCAGAGGCGAACGGCCACGCGCAGCUGGAGCAGUGGCAGGACAAGCUGGCCGUGCUCAAACGUGAGCUCGACGACAUCAAGAAGCAAAUCGCUCAGUACGCACAGGAAUACCAGGAACUGCUGGCGAACAAGAUGGCGCUGGACAUUGAGAUCGCAGCCUACAGGAAACUCCUGGACAGCGAGGAGGCGAGGAUCAGCAGCGGGGGCGGCAUCACCAUCUCCAUGUCCAAGUCCACGACCAUGUCUGGUGGUGGUGGCGGUGGCGGUGGUGGAUAUGGGCUGGGUCUCGGAUUGGGUGGUGGCGGUGGUGGUGGUGGUGGUGGCGGCGGUGGCGGCUCUGGCGGAUUCGGGCUGGGUCUCGGAUUGGGUGGUGGCGGUGGUGGAUUUGGCGGUGGUGCUGGCGGUGGUGGAUUUGGCGGUGGUGCUGGCGGUGGUGGAUUUAGCGGUGGAUUUGGCAGCGGUGGAUUCAGCUCUGGCGGCGGUGGAUUCAGCUCUGGCGGCGGUGCUGGAAGUAGCUCCUUCGGAAAUUACAGCAGCGGUGGAGGCAGCAGCAGCAUGAGCACCAGUUUUGGAGGUGGACACGCGCUCUCGUCGACCCUCAUGGGAUGAGCGGCGAACGGAUUUUGACCGCGAGCCGUCGUCCCGUUUUUUUUUACACGAACAAAGGAAAAACGUGCGGAGAUCGAUCAAAUGAACGCAACGUGAAAAACCCAAACACUCCGAACGCCACCCGAGUUUUCCUUCGACAACGCAAAGCUCAAGGCUCCCUGCAGCAUGUACAUUAGCGAAAUGUGUAAUUCCUUUCCACUUGGGGCUAAUAUCCACUACGUGCUUGUGUCCGCAUGUCCGGGGUUAGGGGUGACAGGUUUUACGCCGAUCGUGGCAGGAAGGGGGGCACCUUAGUCCCCACACACCACCGACGGCUGCGCCCCCGCCCCGCCGCGCCCCCACUAGACCACGUUUGGAGCGCACAUCAAACAACGUCUCCACCAAACACUGAAAGGCGAAGAGCAAUAAAAGAGCUCCAGUGAAACGUCAAUAGCUGGUAAACAGUAGGAGGGGACGAGCAAUUAGGGUGCGGAGCACGCUAGCCAAUCAGACACUGGGAAUACCUUGAGCUCUAUCCACACGAGCUAACCAGUCAAUCAGGGUCUAAUGCUACUCCUAUCCCAAACCCUAACUCAGCCGCACCACUGGCGCUUGGGCCCACCUCCCCUUCCUGUUCACGUUUCACUUCUGUCGCGUUCUUGACACGGACUGACCGGUGCUCCGCGAUUGUGAAAGUGGUCUGUGGCAGAGUCGGCUGCUUGCGCUGCGGUGGGCGGUGGGAUUCGGUGGUGCGGUCUAGUCGGUUGGUUUGACGCUAAUAAACCUACACGCAUUAACCUGAA